AUUACGUAAAAAAAAAGUGUAUGUUCUUAAAUUGGGAGAAAAAAAAAUCAAUUGCCAAGUGCUCAUGCUGGGUAGAGACAAAAAAACAUUGGACCUCGCUACUACUUCAAAACGCCAACGAGUCCCAAAGUUAAAUUCAAGUCUUAUGAAUAAAACUAUUGAUGAUAUGGAUAAUGACGAUAAUAAGAAAAUAAUAAAACACCAGAAAAAGAAUAAAAAACGACUUGGUGAAACUGUUCUGGAAAACCAUGAUUCUUCAAUUAUUAAAGAAUAUUUGAAAGACAAUGGCCAUUCAACAGAUGAAGAUCUAGAUAGUUCUGAAAUUUCUAGUAAAACAAAAAAACUGUGUUGCCGUGACAUAAGAGAUCCAAAGAAUAUAUCAAAAUACAAAGGUGGAAAGCAUGUUCAAACACCCGUAACAAAGCAUACUGUUGAUGUUGCAUUGAGAGCACAAAAGCAAAAGAAGAAUACUUCAAGCGAACCCGAUAAUGCUGGUGAUCAACUGACUGGUGCAAAUAGAAAAAAAUCAUCGAAUUUAAAGACGUCAGCCAAUAAAAAAAGUUUUCGAGAACUAAUGGAAAUAGAUUCUGUUAAUGUAAGAGACGAUGAUGACUCAAGUUUUUCAUCGACAAAAGAAAAAACUGAAGAAGACUCUGACGACUAUCGAGAUUAUGGUGAUAAAGAAAAUUAUUUCUGUGUUGAUGAAAUAAACAAAUACAGUGAUGAAGAAAUAAAUGAUAUGGCGAUUGAAAAUGACCCGUUAAAUGAAGACGAAGACUCAAUUCCAAAAUUUAGUUUUGUCAACACAUCUCAAAGAGACCCCAAAUUGCACAUUAAAAGUGAAAAAAUAUUUGCUGAAGAAAUUCAAAAAAAUGACAAGGAGAGUAACAAAUAUAAAUUGAAACAAGUAAAAACUGAGCCUGAAUUUUUAUCCGUAUUGAAUCGUGAAUUUUACUACAUUGGAUAUGGCCAAAAAGUAAAAACAUGUGUAUUUGAUAGUGCUCAACUACUUCAAAAGCCUAGUCUUUACGUUAUGACUGUAGCAAAUAUGUUAUGGUCUCCCGAAGAGUUAGCUGUUCGUACAUCAAGAAUUCAAAAAAACACUAAGGCUGGAGUAACACUCUAUGAAGAAGAUCGAAAAGGUGCAUUGAUAAAAUGUUUCAACAAUUGGAUGAUUAAUAACCGUAAAAUGAGCAGCGAUGCUGUUGGUGAAGAACUAAACAAAGUAAAUGAUUAUUUGAGUCGUGCAAAAAAUGGUGCUCAAAAAAAAAUUACACAAAAAUAAUGAGCAUAAACUAGAAGUAUAACGCCGGUAGAUUAAACGACUCUAAAAUAUUGUACUUCUUAUUGUUUUUUACUAAGAAUUUCUACGGUAUAAUUUACAUAUAUAUUUUUUUUUCUUCAAACAUUCAUGUUAUGGUUGUUAUGACUCAUAAAAUAUUCGCUGGCGUCUAACAUUUCUAUGAGGAGUGACCGGUCAUAAUAUAAAAUUUUUGAAAUUAUUUAUAUUUAACUUUAUUAUUAAAAAAGAAUGCGUUUAAAAAAGGGAAAAAGAGUUAAAUAAAUUCGUGCUUUUUAUUGUCAUUGCAAAAAAAAAGUGUUACUAAGAUAUUAGUUGCAAUUUACAUG